ACAAUCACUUUUCCCCUGCUAUAAAUACCAUAACCCACCACCUCCAUUUUCUUCAGCUCAAAUUUCCUCACCUUCUUUUCAUCGACUCAAAAACCUUCCAAAUUUCCAAAAAUCCAAUUAAAAAAAAUAUAUAUUAAAAUUUAAACAUAAAUAUGAGAACCGUAAUUGCUUUCUCUACUGCAACUCCGGUGGCAAAAUCCCCACUGGAAUCAUCCCUGCCGCCAACUGCAACAACCAUGGGGCGGCAGCAGCAGCAGCAGCACUCGCCGUGGCACUCUCCGGUGCCCUACCUAUUCGGAGGCCUGGCGGGGAUGUUGGGUCUGAUUGCUUUUGCUCUGUUGAUCCUUGCCUGCUCUUACUGGAAGCUUUCGAGCCGGUUGGAGGACAGAGAGGGAGGCGAGCGAGACCUAGAGAGCGGCGGCGGCGACGAGAAAGGCGACGGGUCGAAUAAAUCAGUGAAGGUGUUCGAGGAGAAGAUUUUGGUUAUUAUGGCGGGGAAUGAGAACCCAACUUUCUUGGCCACGCCGGUUUCCGUGUGCUCGAAAGCUGCUUCUUUCGGCGGCGCUGACGAUCAUGCCGACGAACAGGGGAUGAGCGAAGAAGUAAAUAAGGAGGAGAGCUCCGAGAAAGUGACAGAAGAAAUAGGGUCCCAUGAUCCCGAAGAACCCGAAAAUAUUCGGAACCAAGACGAUGAAUCGGAGACUCAGCAGAGGCGAUUACAAGAAGGACAAGUACAACAUGAAAACCAGUGAGCUUAACUCAGCUUGCUCUGUUUCAGUUUUGGCAUAUAUUUCUUGAGAGAGGAAGAAAAACAGAGUGCUCUGUUAUUUUUCUGGUGGGGUUUGGGGUAUUUCUAUGUUUUGAUCCGGAAAAUGCAAAUUUUGUAUGAGAUUUAUUAGUUUUGAUGAGAUUUGACAUUAAAGCAGAAUUAAUUAGUUGCAGUUGACGUUAGA